AUGGCUUCUGCAGUAGAAAUCUUGAAAAAUGAUGAUUCCAUCUUGAUUACCGAGUUUAAUCCCGAACCGCCGAAGAUAGUCUCCUUCGAAGGUUCGGUUUCUCGACAAAAUAGCAAUCUUUCCUGCGAGUUAGUUGGGCAAGAAUUGGUGAACGAGGUCCAAAACAUUGAUCACGAUGUGUGUGAAGCCGGCGAGGAGGACUCGUUUUUCGUGGCCGAUCUUGGCGAGGUAGCCCGUGCCUACAAGUUGUGGACGGAGAAGUUGCCUAACGUUCGUGCCCACUACGCUGUGAAGUGUAACACUGACAGGAAUGUUGUGCGGUUGUUGGGACACUUGGGUGCCAAUUUUGAUUGCGCUUCCAAGCAAGAAAUUGACACCGUCUUGGCGCUUGGUUUCGAUGCUUCUCGCAUCGUCUAUGCUAACCCAUGUAAGACCAACUCCUUCAUUCGUCACGCUAGAGCUAAUGAGGUCAACUUAACCACUGUUGACAAUGUGCAAGAGCUUUACAAGUUGCAGAAGUUCCACCCGGACUGUAAGGUCUUGAUCAGACUCGUCACUGAUGACGAAUCUGCUCAAUGCCAAUUAUCUACCAAGUUUGGGUGCUCUGUGGAUACCGCUCUCAACGAUUUGUUGCCAACUUCCAAGGCUUUGGGUAUCAAUGUUGUAGGUGUCGCAUUCCAUGUUGGCUCCGGUGCCAAAGACUUCACCUCCAUCUACAAGGCGGUUAAGGAUUCUCGUGAUGUGUUUAACGCCGCCGAGACGUACGGCUUUGAGAUGAACAUUUUAGAUAUUGGCGGAGGUUUUGAGCGCGAAACUUUCGAAGAGUCGUCCGAGAUGGUUCGCUGUUCGUUGGCCAAUUUCUUUCCUGAAUCUUAUGUUGAAGAUAGACAGAUUCGCUUCUUGGCUGAGCCAGGCAGAUUCAUGGUGGCUAAUGCUUUUACCCUUGCUACUCACGUUAUUGCUCGUAGAGACUUGGGCCAGAAUUCUGAGGGAAUGGAGGCCAUGUUGUACAUCAAUGAUGGUGUUUAUGGAAAUUUGAAUUGUAUUCUCUUUGACCACCAACAUCCAACUGCGCAGGUCUUGAAGCACUCCGGGGUGAUUUACUAUAAUCUCGAGGGUAAGAGUGGCGCCAACAAGGGACAUUCAUUUUCCAUUUGGGGCCCUACUUGCGAUGGUUUGGACUGUGUUCUGUCGAAGACUCAGUUGGCUGCGAACAUACAGGUUGGCGACUGGCUUUACUUCAGCAAAUUAGGUGCUUACACUUCUGCUGCGACCACCACCUUCAAUGGUUUGGGUGGCAGUGCCCGCGUGAAAUACGUGAGUAGUGAAGCUUUGAGCGGUUUCGAGUAUUGA